AUGGCCGCCCUUCUCGGAGCCACAAAGGGCGGCCAGGACCGCCCCCAAGAUCGGGACGACGUGCCUUUUCGAAACGGCAACAGCGCCACUACCGCAAACAAGAACGCCAGUAGCAUUUCUGCUCCUCCGGCUGCAGCCUUGUCUGGAAAGGCCACCAGCUUACCAAAGACGCCGACGUCGACCAAUGAUCAAUCACAGCCUGCCACGCCCUCGCCCACCGCCGUCUCCGCCGCAUCCACACAGCCCACGGUAGCUACUCGCAAAGCGCCCAGACUCUCGCGGGGACCAUCUGCCCUCGCCCCUGUCAGAGGAGCUAACCCGGAGCAAACCUCCCCUCAACCACAGCAACCGCAGCAGCAACCGGCUGCGACGGCAGCUUCCGUCCAGUCGAGCAGCGCCUCUGUGAACACGUCGUCCAUCGACCCCCUCUCUCAAGACCCGACAGUUCUGGCCCAGAUGCAUCGUCUCCCACCGCUGAUAUAUCCCAGCGCUUCCCUUUUCCGGGCGCCGAUGUAG